AUGACUAAAGUGACGGACUGUGGUACAAAAGAGGAAUUCCAAGGUUUGAAGAAAGUGGGAAAGGAGAAGUCAUCUGGAUCUGGUAUCUUAAAACACCUUAUAUUAGGAUCUCUGAUUGCGGUAAUCUUGGGGUGUAUAUCUAAAUAUUACUUUUUUGAUAAGAUUGUUUUAACUGACGAGAAGAUACAAAAUAAAUCAUCAUUUAAUCAAGAUGACAUAAAUACUAAAAAUAAAGACGAAACUUCAACAAAAGGAACUUUUGGAGAAGAAGAAGAAGAUAUGGAAUUACUUCAAAAUGACAACAAAAUUCAUUUGGAACAAAUCCCACAAGAAGAUUCUUUGGAAGACAAUGAUGAAUUAAUGUUCAACAAUGAAGAUGCAAUUUUAGAUGACGAAGCAGAAUACGAUUAUCAUGAUGAUAUUGAUGAGGAUGAAAGCGAAGAUGGUGAGAAUGAGUCUCAAAUGGACUCUGAGACUUUAAAGAGAAUCUUAAAAGAAGAUGUACAAUUGGAAUUGGAUGAAGGUUUUGCCACAAAAGAGUCUGAGAAUGAAGAUAGUGUUGAUAUUAAUGAUGAUGCAGAAAUUGACGAAUAUGAACAUGAAGUUGAUGACGAUAUAACUGAUAAUAACUGGUCUGAUGAUGAGUCUGAACUCAAAAGGAUGGAAAGUCAGCAAGAGCAAGAGCAACAACAACAACAGCAAGAGCAACAACAACAGCAACAAGAACAACAUCAACAACAAUAA